AUGAAGAAGGUGCCAUAUUCUAAUGCAAUUGGAUCUGUUAUGUAUCUGAUGGUGAGCAUAAGGCCAGACAUUGCAUACUCUGUCUCCGGCCUGUCUAGAUACAUGUCCAAUCUAGGGCAGCCACAUUGGGAAGCUCUUAAGUGGUUAUUGAGAUACCAUAAACAUACUGUCAGUUAUGAUUCAAACUAUGCUAAUGACAGGGAUAAGAAGAAGUCCACUACCUCUUAUGUUUUUACACUUGGUGGAUCUUGCAUUAGCUGGAAAUCCCAAUUGCAGCACAUAGUGGCCCUUUCCACUAUUGAAUCUGAGUACAUUGCCAUCACAGAGGCAAUGAAAGAAGCCUUGUGGCUAAAGGGGACUAAACAUAUAGAUGUCAGAUUUCACUUCAUCAGAGACAUAGUGGAAAAGGGUGAGGUCCAGCUUGAAAAGAUCCACACUGAUCACAAUCCAGCUGAUAUGGGUACUAUGUGCCUUCCGAAGAUGCUUUUCUGCAUCAGGAAGCUUCACAUUGAUUCUGUGAGGGUGUUUGUGAGUGAGGAAACUUCUGGUUUCUUGUCUAAGGGAUCUGACCGAUUUGUGGUGAAGUUUUCUUGUGUUUCAGAGGAGGGUUUGUGUGGAUACUGUGAAGCAGAUCUUGAUUUGCUAUUGUUUCUCCUAAGGACAAAUCAAUUGGUUAAUAAGGGAUUGAGGGUCGGAUACAAACGGCAUGUGCAGUUGUACCUGGAGUGUUUGAAGAUUGAAGGAUCAAGAUCUAGGAGCUUAGUAGCUAGAUCUCAAUAUGUAUACAACCAGUGCAACAAUCCACUCAAAAAUGGGGUUGUGAACGUCAGAGAUGCAGCUCGACACUACUGCGCUAAUUUGAUCAGGAAGAUGGUGUUUGGGGAGAGGUUUUUCGGGCUGGGAGAAGAAGAUGGAGGGCCGGGAAGUGAAGAGAGAGAACACGUGGAUGGAUUAUUCGUGAUUCUUUCGUUUCUCUAUGGAUUCGCCAUUGCUGAUUUUAUACCGUGGUUGGAGGUUUUCGAUUUCGAUGGACAUAAGAGGAUUGUAAGGAAUGCGAUUAAGAAUGUGAGAAAAUACAAUGAUCCGGUUAUCGAUAAGAGAAUGGAGAUGUGGCGGCGAGGGCUAAAGAGGGAAGAAGAUGAUAUUCUUGAUCUUUUGAUUAAUCUCAAGAGCUCUGACCAAACAAAGCCCCUUUUGUCUGUUCGAGAGAUUAAAGCACAAAUUAUUGAAAUAAUGAUUGAGACUGUUGAUAAUCCGUCGAAUGCAGUUGAGUGGGCUUUGGCGGAGAUGAUCAAUCAACCAGAUAUUCUUGCAAAGGCAUGUAAAGAAUUGGACCGAGUUGUAGGUAAAGACAGGCUUGUGGAAGAGUUAGAUAUACCUAACCUAAAUUAUGUGAAAGCAUGUCUGAAAGAGUCAUUUAGGAUACAUCCGUUAUCACCUUUUAAUGUUCCUCAUGUUUCGAGUAAGGAUGUUGUGGUGGGAGGCUACUUCAUUCCAAAGGGGAGCCAUGUGUUGCUCAGUCGUCCUGGCUUAGGGCGAAACCCUAGGAUUUGGGAUGAGCCUCUCCGGUUCGACCCAGAGCGUCACAUUGUUGAUGAAUCAUCAGAAGUGGAGUUUGUGGAUCAAGAACUGCGCAUGUUGUCAUUCAGUACCGGGAGAAGAGGAUGCCCCGGCAUUCUAAUUGGUUCGACCAUAACUACUAUGCUUUUGGCUAGACUUAUUCAGGCUUUCGGGUGGAGGCCACCCCUUGAUACAGAUAUAAUUGAUUUGGAUGAGUCAGGGCAGGAUUUGGGAUUGGCUAAACCUUUGAUUGCUCAUGCAACACCACGAUUGAACUCACAAAUUUAUAAGCAACUCAUGUCAAACUAA